CGUUCUUGCCUCACAUAGCGCCCACCAGCCCUGGUGCCAACACAGACCCUCAGGCCUUGUGAGGAUGAUUGCGACGGUCGUUCUCUUCAAUGCAGCCGUCGUCCUGCUCUCAAUCUUCGUGCUGUGGAAGAGGAAGAAGCACUUCAAACUGCUCGAGAAUGGCGGUAUUCCGACGCCACCAUGCCACUGGCUCACGGGUCAUCUGGAUAGCGUAACUUUCUCCCCCGAAAAGAAAUGUAUGGUGCAGCAAAAGCAUGAAUGGCUUCAGAAAUACGGCAAUGUAGUAGGUUACUACAAUGGUGGCUUUCCCCGGAUUUUGGUCGCCGAUCUGGACAUGCUGAGGGACAUUCUGAUCAAAGACGCACAUAAUUUCGUAAACAGACCCGUGGUGAUAUCCCAGAGUAAAAUGUUGAUCGCAUUGCGAGAUCAGCACUGGAAAGACGUGAGGAAGAUCAUGAGUCCUGUCUUCUCCACUGCCAAAAUGAAGAAGAUGAUGCCUCUUAUGAGUGGGUGCGUGGAGGUGCUGCUCCAGAAAUGCCAUCAGUUAGCCUCCGCUGGGCAGGAAUUCGACAUCUAUGUGACUUUGCAGUGCCUCACCAUGGACGUCAUUGACCGAUGUGCCAUCACUCUUGGGCUCCAGUGCAUCAACAAUCCGGAGAAUGAGAUCCUCGAGAACUUCCGGAAGCUGUUCAAUAGGUCGCCGACCCUAGUGACGCGGCUGAUGCACACCUUCCCAUCGCUGCUGACGCUGCUGUCAGCGACGAUGCGGCUGGCGGGCGUCGGCGUACACACCCAGAAGAAUGCCAUCAUCGAACAUCUACAGCGCGUCGUUAAGGAGAGGAGGGAGCGGAAAGCCCAUGCUGGGGUGGAAAAGAGUAUAGACGCCUUGCAGAUGCUGAUUGACGCCUCGUGCAAUGAGAAACAAACUUCGGGGAAAACUACUCUAUCUGAGCAAGAGGUGGUGGACAACGCUUUCCUCUUCCUGGCUGCGGGCUUCGAGACCACGAGCAACGCCCUGGCCUACAUCGCCUACCUGCUGGCGAUCCAUCCGGACGUCCAGGAACAGGUCUUCGAAGAAGUGGCCCAAGUCGCGCAGGCCGAGGGAGGAAUCACCUACGAGGCGCUAUCUAAACUGGUGUACACGGAGGCGGUGGCGAUGGAGGCCAUGAGGAUCUACCCGCCCGUCACUGGCUUCGUGCUAAGGGAGACGGCCAGGGAAUGGGCGUACGGCGCCUACACGUUCCCCGCUAAGAGCGAAGUGGAGGUGCCAGUAUGGUCCAUUCACAACAACCCAGUCCUCUACCCGGAGCCGCACGUCUUCAAGCCAGAGAGAUUUCUCCCUGAGGAAAAGAAGAGUCGGCAUCCUAUGUCGUUUUUGGCUUUUGGAACAGGACCAAGGAACUGCCUCGGCAUUCGCUUUGCUAUGAUGGAGAUCAAGCUCACUCUGGGAACCAUUAUCCAAAACUUCCACUUCAAAACUUGCUCGCGCUCAAAGGUACCACUUCCUCUUGUCACCAGAGGGGCGCUAACUCACCCUGAGGGCGGAGUUUGGCUCAGCCUGGAGCCCCGUACCCGCUAAGAGCCUUAUACUGCUUGGCGUGACCGGUCGGGCGGUUUAAGUUCGGCCACAUGGGGGCAGAGAGAGGAAGAGAGGGAGGAUGGGAGAGGGGGAAGGAGAGGAAGAGGGAGAGGGAGAAGGAGAGAAAGAGAAAGAGAGAG